AUGGCAGAUCUGAAAAAAUAUGAGCAGAUUUUUGAUGAGAACCCAAUAGAGGGUUCUUCACCCUUACGCCUAAUUAUUGAAAGCAACGAUGUGGCAGCUCUACAUUCCUUCAUAAAGAAAUAUCCAGAACAAGUCUUUCUGCCGACGGAGAUGAUCGUUGAUAGCCCUUUCGACAAUGCUACAGCAGAUGAGAGAUUAGAUGUUCUUCGCGUGCUUCUCGACCUAGCUGAUACUAAUGGGCUACAAAUUCGACCCGUCAGACCCGAUGAUUAUUCAUUGCUUGAUAUUGCCUGUGGAGGUGCCCAACUUAAUACAGUGAAGUUUUUGUUAGACAGAAGCCCCCCGUUGGGAGCAAGAUAUGCCUCUGAUCCUCACGGUGGCCAUGCUCUCCUAUCUGCGGCGUCCUCUUUCAGAUGCGACCUUUCCUAUAAACCAGACCUGGACCCUGAUGGUCAAAAGAUAUGGCUCCGAGACGAAAUUGCACGGAGUGAGGAAAUAGUAUACAUGCUCCUUGACAAGGGUGCCAGGGUACAAGACGCUGUUCGUUCAUACGGGCUUCCUCAUGUUGAACAAGAUGAGAAACCCAUGCAUUUUAUGGAAACUGCUCUCGGAMAAGCCGCUUCACGUGCCAGUUAUCAGUUGUUAUCACGUCUGAUUGCCGAAGGGGCGAAUGUUCACGCCCGACAGUAUAAUUGGAGUAACGAUCCUAUAAGCGAUGUCGAAGAAGUGACUGCAUUGCAUAUUGCUAGCGGAUAUUGCAAUGUACAGGGAAUCAAGGCGCUACUGGACAAUUGCGGCGAGCUUAAUCCUGCAGAUAUGGUGUCCAUGCGUGACGCUGGGGGACGUAUUCCGCUGCACUGGGCAACCAACAACAUCUGCCUUGACCAUUAUUAUCUCCCUGAUGAUGAGAUUGCCUCUCAGAUAUGUGAUACUCUCGAGUUGCUUAUACAAACUAAUCCAAAAACGAUCAACGCUCAAAGCAAAGAUGGUGCAACUCCUCUAUUCUCCAUUAUAGAAGGUCAUGCGGAUUGCGGCGGAACCAAACAUUUGGAGAGAAUUGUCCGACUUUUAUGCGAAAAAGGAGCGGAUGCUGGUAUACGAGAUAUCACUGGACAGAACGUCCUACAUAUUUUGGCUGCCAGAACUAUAGGGGCCCAACCUGUCAAUCCGUCUAUACUAGAUCUAUUAGUAGCACAUGGGGCCAAGGUUAAUGAUGCUGAUUUGGAAGGCAAUACUCCUCUACACCAUAUGGCUAGGAGUUUGCGACAAAUGAAUCUAAUGAGGCGUCUAAUUCACCACGGUGCGAGAGUUAAUGCUACCAAUACCAAGGGAGAAACACCUUUUCACAGAGCAAUGGCACCCCUUCCUCUUGCUCGGCAGAACAUGGACGGAACACUGGAUGCAUUUACACAUGAGAGGAGAGCGAAAGCGCAUGGCGAGGUACUUGAAAUCUUGCAAGAAGCAGGAUGCAGAAUGGAUCAGCCGAAUAUAGAGGACAAGACAUCAUAUCAGCUUCUUGGAGACCAGGACAUCAUGGCACAAGAGAGAUGA